AUGGAUGAUCUCAACAACUUGAUUUGGGGCAACUCUGGCAUAGAUAAGGCCAAAAAUCCGAAGAGUAGUUCUACUCCAUUAAAUGCCCUACGAGGUCAAUCAAAUAUUUCCUCGACAGAAAAAACCUCAAUUCUCUCAUCCAACAAAACCUUAUCGACCUCUCCAAAUCAAUCCAUUUUCCGUAAUCAAGCAAUCAAUCCAAAUUCUUCCGUAUUCAACUCCACCGCAAGCUCGCCAAAUUACUUUGUAUCAUCGAUCAAAAGUAGCAGUUCGUCCGGGAGUUCCCCUUUCAAUAAAUCUCCGGUCGAUUCUCCAAAAAUAAUUCCUACCACAAAUAAUACCGAAGCUUUUGACAAUAUACUCCCGUUCAACAAAAAACAGCAAAAUUUAUCCUUGAUCGAACAACUUAAACUACAAGAGCAGGAACAGCGUCGUAAAGAAGAGGAAGAAAAUAAACGCUACAAUGAACACUAUGAUCAAACAGACUUUUGGGAUUCUUUGGAAAACAAGGGAACAAGGAAUGUCAAAAUUAACGGAAAUUCAACCGCAAGUGAUUUGCGGAAAACCCCGUCUCGACAAGUGGAUCUGUUUGAUGACUUUUUGAUGCCUUCAAAUGAUUUAAAGAGAACUGAAUCAGAUUCUUCCAAUAAAAUGGACAAACUUUAUUCACAACCAAACAUAUCAUUGGGUAACGGUCGUAAAAAUGUCGUUAUACCAGAUACUGCCAAUAAAAGUUCUGUAUCGGAUGAUUUGCUCGAUUUCGGAAUUUUUGAACAGGCCCCUAAAUCAUCUCAUGAAACUUUAGAAGAGAAAGUCGCGGAUAAAGUGGAUCCAUUCCAUACUACUGAUAAUAUAAGUCUCACAGGAUCACGCGAUUCCAGCAUAAUUUCAACUCAAAGGAGUGUGAAUAUUCAUAAAGAUCAUUUGGUUGCACAAAUUGUUGAUAUGGGAUUUUCCGCUGGCGAAGCUGAAACCGCUCUUGCUGCCACUUCCAAUGGUGAAGACGUGUCAUCUGCUAUUGACAUCCUUUUUCAACAACGUGAAGUCGAAGAACAAGUUUCCAGGAGGCAAAAAACGAACCGGGAUGCUCACAAAACUCCACAUCCAAAUCGUCGUAGGUCAAAUACCGCACAAGCACAUUCUCCACGUGACGAUGACGAUUAUGAUGCCAACGAUAGUGAACCUGAACCUAGGUCACGCGGUCGAUAUCCAAAGAAAAGCUCUUUGGGUGCGACAAGAAGCAAUGUAUACGGAAUGAGCAUUUCCGAUGGAGAAAGUAGUGAUCGUUCGUCAUCAUCCUCGAAUUUUUAUCAGUCAAAAGAAAAACUUAUCUCAACGGCCAGCGAGUUUGGUUUAAGCGCAUUGAAAAAGGCGAGCACACUUUAUAAGCAAUCUAAAGAAAAAGUUAACAAGGCGAUAGAGGAAUUGCAAAAACAACAAGGAAAUUCAGACGAUGAUUUUAAAAGACCGAGGUGGAUGCAAGAUCAAUAUUUUCAAGAUUCAGACGAUUAUUAUUCAAGCGAAAAAUAUGGUGAUUCAACUGAUCAGCUCAACGACACAAAGUAUAGUGAUAAUAAGUCUAGGGAAAAAUACGGAAAGAUGGAGAGAUUCGGGAAGUUCAAGGACGCUUAUAACGACGAGUCGGGUGAAGAAAUUGGACGAUCAGACAAAUCCCCUAAUACGUUUAACAGCAUAAGUCGCGAAAUUCGAGAUAGACUGACCGGAAAAAAUGGUCUCAAUGUUUAUGACAGAUAUGGGAAUCUUGAGAGAUACGUAGACAGCGACAACACGAGUAACGAGAACGUUUCUAGCAUCAGGGCAAAUGAGAAGAUGAAGAAAUUGGAAAAAAUUCAGGAUGGCUACGAUGAGACCAGUAGUGAGGACGAACGAUCCCCUAAUCGUAAUCAUUUUGCACCGACCUCCUCUCGCUCUCGUAAACCUAUUUUCAAUGAUACUUCAUCGCAGAGACAAACACCGAAACCUCCUAAGCCUGUUGUGCCUCCGAAGAAAACAAAACCAGAUUUUGAGUCGACGUAUAUAUCACCUCGUCGACAUCAGAAAAACAAUUCGUCUAAAGUUGCCCGCGAAUCAUCACCCAUACCCGCAACUUCUUCAAAAUCUACCCCGAUUCCGCGCCCAGUAAUAUAUGCGUCUUCCGAACAAUUAGGUAACUUGGAAACCUACAAAAACAAAGGAAAUGAAGUAUUCAAACUUGGACAAUUUGAUGAGGCAGAGAGAUUUUAUUCACUUGCCAUCGAAUCAUUACCCGCUAAGCAUCUCCAGCUCGUUAUACUUUACAAUAACCGUGCGACAGCGAAAUUCAAAAAUGGAGAUCAUCGUGGUUGUGUUGUAGAUUGUAGUUCUGCGCUCGAACUAAUCGACGAUGUCACGCGACCGCCACCUCCAGGAGUCGAGGUAAAUUUAAGGGCACAAUAUGCGAAAGCGCUUCUUCGUCGCGCCUCCGCAUAUGAGUCAAUGGAGAAGUAUGACGAUGCGAAAAAUGAUUAUCAACAGUUAGUUAAUUCCGAUCCAAGCAAUAGCAGUAAAGUUAGCGAUGGACUGCGGCGUUGUCAGAUGGCAAUGAAAAUGAAUGUAAACGGAGAAGAUUCACCGGAAAAGGCGUCAAGCAAACAAACGCCCAAGUCCACGCAGAAAAAUAGCGACUUUGAAGAUCUCUCGUCGACUGCAACUUAUAAUAGCAAGUCAGAUUCCCGAAGUACCUUUGGUGUACCUCUUAAUGAGUAUGGUUUUAUCGAUCCAAAUAUAAACAUACCGUCAACAACGCCCAUAGAUCCAAAUAGUCCUGCAGUUAAGGAAUUAAGAGGUCAGGCACGUCAGCAGGAAUAUGAAGAAUCAGAGAGAUUGAGGCAUAAGGACAACGUGGAUCAGAAGAUAGCGCAAUGGAGAUUAGGAAAAGAAACAAAUAUUAGAGCAUUAAUUAGUAGCUUAGACAUGGUACUUUGGGAUGGAUUAGGAUGGAAAAAGAUUGGAUUGCACGAAUUAGUCACGCCUGCACAAGUUAAGAUUCGAUAUAUGAAAGCUAUCGGGAAAGUGCAUCCCGAUAAGCUAAGCACUUCAACUACAAUUGAACAAAGACUUGUGGCCAAUGGAGUAUUUUCGGCUCUAAAUAAUGCGUGGGAUGCGUUCAAGGCUCAAAAUAACAUGUAA